GCUGUCUUCUGCCUCCUCUCCCCGCAGGCCGGCGGAAGAUGCCCAAGCCGCAGCACGGGCGAGCGGCGGACCAGCCGGAGGAGGGCACGGGCGGCGGCGGCGGCGCCGAGAAGCGGGAGCCGGCCCGCCCCAGGAUGAACGGGGAGAACGUAUUUGCUUGUCAGUCCAAAAUCUAUAGCUACAUGAGUCCUGGUAAGAUUUCCACCUCCCGGCCGCCGCUCCAAGAGGAAAACUCCGCCACGCAUCCCGAGGCAAAAGGCCAAACUUGCAAACUUGAAACUUGCCAAAAACUGGAGGACAGAAUACAGGCCGGUGAUUCAGCCUCCAGCACUGCAAAAUCCGAGGGCCCGAACAGCAAAGCAGCUGAAUGUGAAUCUUCAGCGUCCUUCUCCAGCCCAAAUGCCGAAGGUCCAGAAACACAGAAACUCGUGCCGGCCGAAUCGGAGGAGGCCUCCAGCCAAAAGCAGGCCCCGAAGAAGGGAGGCAAAAAACCUGGCCCCCGGAGGAAAGGCCAAGGAAAAACGCCAGCAAACCGAAAGGUGACCGAUUAUUACCCGGUUAGGAGAAGCUCCAGAAAGAACAAAAAAGAGUUGCAGAUCGACUUCAUUGAUGGCAAAGGGCGAGGUGUGAUUGCAACCAGGCAUUUUAACAGGGGCGAGUUUGUGGUUGAAUAUCACGGGGACCUCAUUGAAAUCACGGAUGCAAAGAAACGUGAAGCUGCUUAUGCCCAGGACCCAACUACUGGCUGUUAUAUGUAUUAUUUCCAGUAUUUGAGCAAGACUUUCUGCGUCGAUGCCACAAAAGAGACAAACCGCCUCGGACGUCUGAUCAAUCACAGCAAGUGUGGGAAUUGUCAGACGAAACUCCACGAUGUCGGGGGCGUUCCCCACCUCAUCCUGGUGGCCUCCCGUGACAUUAAAGCUGGCGAGGAAUUGCUGUACGAUUAUGGGGAUAGGAGCAAAGCUUCGCUGGAGGCCCAUCCUUGGCUGAAACACUGAGGGAUCUCUUGCUCGAGAGCAAGGAUUGGUUUUCCUUGAAGAGGACUCGCUGGCAGCUCUUACAGGCGAUUACUUCCAAGAGGUGCUCCUUCGUGGCUUGCUGGAAAGCCAACAGGGGCAACGGAGUGUCUUCACCCAAAUGAACUUAAAUAUGUAAUGCCUGAUCAUCAUCAUCGUCUUCUUCUGCAUCACCUUUGCUGGAGUCUUCCUGCCUGCAUCGAGAUUGUUGAAAGAUUCGAACUUCUGAACUCUAAAAGUUUUUUUUUUAAAUGAGAUGCAUCCCUUGAAACUGGUCUCAGACUGGUCUCAUUCCUUGAGACUGGCUUACUCAAGAAAGGGUGAACGAUCACCAUCUCCUCUGAUGAAUUUUGUGAAGGGAACCCAUUUCCCCCCUUUUCUUGGCCAGGCACAAGUCCAUUUAAGGGACAGUGUAACUUUCCUUAGAUUUGUUUGAGUUUGGGACCUUCGUCCAGGAUCAUCCCAUCUGCUCUUUGGGGGCUGGAGACCUGCGGUGAUCUGGGCCUCAAAACCUGGGUGAGAAGAUCAUGCCUCGGCUAAAAAGCCAGGAGGUGGACAAUGGAUCAGGAGAGUGGUUGGAAGAGCGAGGCACGCUGCCCUUUCAAAGCUCCCCACCCAUCGUUUGCAACCUUUUCUGGCAAGGGGAAGACGAUUGGAAACCACCUUCCUUGUCUGCUGAGCUGAGAAUCGCUUGUUUUGUUCUGGACUCGGCAUCAGCGACGAAAUACCAAGGGGGGGAGCUGGGGUGUCAAGGGGGCAUCUUGUUUUUCAGGAGCCUGGUUGCCUGUGUGAGCGUGACGGCUGUGUUGUGCUUUCUGCCAUUCCAUCCUUUGCGGUUGUGAGCCGUUGAAAAUCGCCAUAGGCAAGUUGAGGAAGGAAGAAGGCAAGCGGAGCCUUGGGGUGGGAGGGGAAGCAUCACGGGCAGAAGCUGAACGGCCUGCGGUUUGCUUUUGCUGGUUUCUGAGUUGGGAGAAGAGGCAAGCUGCAUGCCGAACACUGUUUUUCCAGUUGGUGCUUUCUGGCACCAAAGAUCGCCCAGGUUUACCUCCCCGCCCCCUGCCCCGUUUUUUGGUGGGGGAGGUUGCUGGGUAUUUAUUUAAAAAACGUUGCUUGGCUCUUGGUGGCAAUGUGAGUAGAGGAUUUGAGCUGGGCUCUUUUUCUCUCCCACACCCCUCUCUGGAAAAGGAGGGAGGAAAAACUGUUUUUAAUCAAAUCUGGGCCUCUGUCUUAAGCAGGGACUUUUAGCAAGAAAGCAUUUUAGCAUGAAAUCACUUCCCACAUCUGUUGACUUCCCCAGUUUGGCUUUGGAGCAAACUUAAGGUUGUUUAACUUGGCUGCGGGAGCUGCGUUCCCAAAGUUGGAAUAUCUCCCCGGCUCUGGUGUGUAGAAACAAGCAAAAGUGGGUCAGAGCUAAUGGGAUUGAUUCUCUCCUGGAAAAAGAAUGGAUUUGCUGGAGUAUUUUCCUCCUGCUGACACCAAGCUCUUGCAACUUUUCCCAACCUGCCUCAUGUCAGUUGUGUUGGGACUACAGCUCCCAGAAUUCCUAGCUCCCACCCCCAGUGAGGGGCUAGUUGGUGAAGGUUGCAAUAAAACACUUUCGGGGGAGAGAAUUCCAGGCGGUGAAAUGCAUCAGAAUGAGGAGGCAGAAUGGGGGGAAAUGUUUUUUCCAAGUUUACUUCUCUGCCUGAGAUUCAUGGAUGCCAUGUUUUCCUGUGCCCACCUGGUGCCCUCCAGAUGUGUAGGGAUGACACACCUGGCUGGGAAUCCUGGGAACUGUAGUCCCAGCUGAGGGUCACACUCUUGCAGGGCAAGAGCGCACGGCCGUGGGCGCUGCUUCUAAAGCCUCUGAUAUCCUGAUGCUGGAGCUACAAAAAUUGGGGAUCUGGGAUGGUAAUGUAUUUUUUAAAAAUAAUUAUAAAAAAAGAGUAUCUGAAGAAAAUUAUUUCUCUGUACAAGAAUAUAAAUAAAACAAGCUAUUUAUUAACAGUGAAUACCUUAUUUUGUAUCUUACUGGCAGUGAUGGAGGUCCUGACAACCCCUAAAUUGUUCAUUUGAAAACAUUCAUACAAAUCAGAGUGUGAGGCUGGUUUCACAUGUUGUACUAACAAGUUGUUCUAUUUUUUUUUUCAAAUCAUAGUUUAUAUGUUGUGUGAAUCCAGGCAAUUGUGGCUUAGUCAGCAAACUGGCAUAAAGCAACUGGCAUAGUAGGAUGCCUGAACCAGGUUUGAAUCUACCAAGUCUCUGAACUACAAAAUGAAAACAGAACCUCCAUAACUAGAUUACAAACCAUAGUUAAACAAACUAUGGCUUACUACAGUAUGUGACCUUAGCCUUUUUGUACACCUUACUGUUCCUGUGCUUUGUUGUUCAUUUGGCUAUGUGUGAAUGUGAUUCUGUCAAUAAACUCGCAAUGCUGAA